AUGGCAAUGAUUCCGUACCAACUUUCCCGAUUACCUUACCACGAUUCCCUCAAAGUACUUGAGGCUGAUAUACAGCACGCCAAUGCUUUGGCUGCUGCAAUUCCCAGAGCCAAGGGUGGCACUCUUCUUCAAAUGAAAUUGGUUUACAAUCAAUUGGCUCCUCUCUUCCUUUUAUUUCUACAAUGGAUGGAUUGUUCUUGUGCAGGCUUUCUCCAUAGAUAUCUCAACCUCUUCCACAUAAUUAUAUACAAGGUACAUAAUGAUGGUAGAUCAAACAUGUCUACUCAUGGAAGGAAGGCUACCAUUGGGGACUUUUAUGCCGUUAUAUUGCCAUCUCUCCAACGCCUUCAUGGUAGUUUGGAGAAGUUGGAGGUUGUUGAAGAAGGGCAAUCAAGCAUAGAAAGUUCAAGUUAUGGCAAGAAGGUGACUGAAGCAAGUGGGAGACUAACCAAUGUUGAUUUGCAAAGAGAAGAUGAAUGUGGGAUUUGCUUAGAGCCUUGCACCAAAAUGGUUUUACCUGGCUGUUGCCAUGCCAUGUGUAUUAAAUGCUACCGCAAGUGGAACAGAAAGUCAGAGUCUUGUCCUUUUUGUAGAGGUAGCUUGAGGAGAGUUAACUCAGAGGAUCUAUGGGUACUAACCUGUGAUGAUGAUGUUGUUGACCCUGAAACAGUUUCUAAGGAGGACUUGUUGCGUUUUUACCUCUACAUCAGCAAGCUGCCUAAAGAUCACCCAGAUGCUCUUUUCUUGAUAUCCAAAUCUCGUUUAGGAGUGAGGAAAUUGAAUGUUGAGAUGUCUGAGAAUCACGUAGCGGAGCAGCUUUCGGAAGUGGAUUCGGGUCGUGGUGUGGUUGUGGAUACCGAAUCAAACACUGGUACAAAUCAAGAUCAGGGAGAACCUGAAGAUGAAAAGUCUACAGAGGAUACUGCCAGGGAUGACAUGUUUGUUGAUUGUCCCGAUGAGUUAACUGGGCAAAAGGAGGAAGAACUUGCAACUGCUAGAAAUGAAGAUGUGGGAUCGCAGGAAAAUGAAGAUAUGCAUCAGCAGCAGAGACAUUUUGUUGAAAUGGGCAAUGGAAUGGGGGAUGCUCACUCCCCAGACCAGCUGGAGAAAGCUGAUACUGAGAACGAACGGGUCUUGCAGGAAUACCAGGAUGAAAGACAAACUGUUGCACAGGGACUGCUUGAUCUUCAUCGGCAGCUAAAGACUCUCACUGGCAAAGUUAAUGAAGGUGAAAUCAGAGAUAGGGAAGUGACUGAUGUUCCUGUGAGGGAGAUGAUAAAAGAGUGUUUGGAGUUUGUGAGUACUGCUUCAGAAGAACGGUCAAACAGUGAAACCACUAUAAGUAAUCUUCGCGAACAUCUGUCUAGCAGGGACCGUGAGAUAGAGGAUCUUAAUGCAAAGGUUGCUCAGUUAGUGGUAUCUAAUAACAGUUUUCAGGUUUCCUCUGAAGCUCAACUUGGAAAGGAUCGUAAUGUAGAGAUUUUGAUAGAUAAGACGAUAUCCUCUCUUGCAACAGUUGUUACUCAAGAACAAGUAUUGGAUGAUUCUAUUAGUGGGAAAAUAGUUUAUAUCGAGGAAGGCACUAUGCAUUUAAUUGGAAUGUAUAAUCAGAUUCUUUCCGAUGUUUAUCAACUCAGGCAAUUUUUCUCCGAGGUAAGUGUGGAUACUAAAGAGCAGGAAUAUGGAAACAUACUUGCUGAUGUUCAUGGUGGGUUACUGGAGCUCAAAAGAAGGGAAACGGAUUUGGUUGAAAAACUGGCUCAGUUAGAAGAUGAAAACCGGAAAGUGGUUGAUGAGCUUGAUAAGGAAAAGGUGAUGAUAGGGGCAUUAAAUACUGAACUAGGAAAUCUGAAAAUAGAACUUGAGCAGGAAAAGGUUAAAUGUGCUAAUACAAAAGAAAAGCUUAGUAUGGCUGUGACAAAAGGAAAGGCAUUAGUACAGCAGCGAGAUUCGUUAAAGAAGUCUCUGGCUGAUAAAUCCAGUGAGCUUGAGAAAUGUUUGAUUGAAUUGCAAGAGAAGUCAGUUGCAAUCCAAACUGCUGAACUUGCUAAGGAGGAGUUGGCCUAUAGUGAAAAUAUGGUUGCAUCCCUACAGAACUUGUUAUUAGAAAAGAAUGCAAUUUUUGAUCAAGUGCAAGAAAUCUUGUGUGAUGCCAAACCUGAUGAACCUGGAAUGUUUGAUGUGCCAGAGAAACUCAGAUGGCUUGUGGAUGAGAGAAAUACACUGAAGGAAGCCUUCAUAGAGUUAUGCAAGUUGAAGGAAGCUCUAUCUCUAGUGGACCUACCAGAGCCUGUUUCAUCAUAUGAUAUGGAAUCACAAAUGAAUUGGCUUGUGGAUUCUUUUCUUAGGGCCCGGGACCACAUGGAUACUCUACAGGAAGAAAAUUCUGCUGUCCAGGAAGCAUCACGUAACAAUAUUGAUCAAUUAAGUGUUUCUCUUUUGCUGGAAUUGCAGGAAAAAGAUUACCUUCUGUCAGAGUUAACAGAUUUGAGGUUCAAAUAUGACAAACUUGUCGGCAAGAACUCUCAGAUUUCUUUGGAGAAGGAUCAUAUAGUCAAUAUGUUAGUUGAUCUUUGUGGCCUGAACAAGGAAGAUGAAGGGAUUGACUCUUCCAACACUUCUGUGAUCAUUGACUUAUGCUUUCAAAUUAUAAAAGGUCAGAGUGGUCCCUCUAGAGCAUCUGUUAUUGAUGCUGAGUUGUUUGAAAAGAUUCAAAGUCUCUUGUAUGUUCGAGAUCAGGGAUUAAUACUCUAUGAAGAUAUACUGGAAGAGGAGAUGCUAAUUAGAUCAGGUAUGAAUAAGCUUUCAAAUGAAUUGAAAGUGGCAUGUGAGGAAAUUGUAACACUGAAAGAAGAAAGGAGUUCUCUCCUGCAAGAUCUUGAUCGAUCAGAGGAAAAGACUGCCAUGCUUAGGGAUAAAUUGUCCAUGGCAGUUAAGAAAGGAAAGGGGCUGGUUCAAGAUAGGGACAAUCUAAAAGGUCUUCUAAAUGAAAGGAACUCAGAGAUUGAGCAGUUGAAGGUUGGAUUGCAGAAGCAAGAAUCUGCUGUUUCUGAAUACAGGGAUGAGAUCAACAGAUUGUCCAGUGAUGUGGAAAGCAUCCCAAAGCUGGAGGCUGAUCUUCUGGAAAUGAAAAAGGAGAGGAAUCAGUUAGAACAUUUCUUAAUGGAGAGCAAUAACAUGUUACAGAAAGUGAUGGAGUGUAUUGAUGGCAUCACUCUUCUAGUUGUUGAGCCCGUUUUUGAUGAACCAAUAGAAAAGGUGAAGUGGCUUGCUGGUUAUGUCAGUGAAUGCCAAGAUGCUAAGGUACACUUAGAAAAAGAGUUGCAGCUAGUGAAGGAGAAAGCCAGUAUACUUGAAAUUAAAGUAGCUGAAUUCCAAGCCACUGUAAAAUCCCUUGAACAGGAAUUAUCAUCUUCAGAUGACAGUCUUUCUCAACUUGCUGAAGAAAAAACAGAAUUAGAACGUGGGAAGGCAAAAAUUGAGGAAGAGUUACAGAAAGUUAAAGAAAAAGUUGCUGAAGGUUGUAGUACUAAUAAGUCACUUGAAGAUGCCUUAUCAGAAGCAGAAAAAGAAAUUUCUAUUCUUUCCGAAGAGAAAGAGCAGGCUCAAGUUAGCAGAGUUGCUGCAGAGAGAGAGUUAGAGACUCUUAAAGAUGAAGCAGUCAGUCAAACAAGCAAACUGGUAGAGGCCAGCAGGAACAUAAAGGAUCUAGAAGAUAAACUGUAUCAGGUUGAGGAUACUAAUAAGAUACUUGAAGAUGCGUUAUCACAAGCAGACAAAGAUAUUUCUAUUCUUUCCGAAGAGAAAGAGCAGGCUCAAGUUAGCAGAGUAGCUGCAGAGAGAGUUUUAGAGAGUUUUAAAGAUGAAGCAGCCAGUCGAACAAGCAAACUGGAAGAGGCCAGCAGGACCAUAAAGGAUCUAGAAGAUAAACUAUCUCAGGUUGAGGGUAAUGUCAAUUUAUUGACUGAAAAGUAUAAUGCUGAUCAAGUUGUCAAGAUUGACAUGGAAAAUGAAUUGAAGAAGCUGCAAGAUGAAGCUGGAAAUUAUGCUAACAAAUUGGUAGGUGCCUCUGAAACUAUAAAAUCACUGGAGGAUGCAUUAUCGAAGGCACAGGAUGAUAUUUCUGCCUUAGAAUAUUCAAAUAAAAUUGCGAAGCAGGAGAUAUCUUCACUUGAUUUGAAGUUAAAUUCAUGCAUGGACGAGUUAGCUGGAAAGAAUGAAAGCUUAGAAAACAGGUCCUUACAGCUCAUUGGACUCCUUAAUGAUCUUCAAGUGCUCAUGAAAGACACGACUCUAUUUACCAGAAUAAAACAAUGCUUUGAGGCGAAAUGUGAGACCAUGAGGAAUAUGAAUCUCAUUCUCAACAAAAUAAGAGAUAAUGUUGCCUUGACUGCAAAGGACUCCAAGGGACAGCUAGUGAUGGAGGAAAAUCCACUAAUGCAAAAAACAUUAUUGGAUGGCCCUGAAAAUUUUAAAGUUGAACUGGACAAUACAGAGAUUGAUGGUGCUGAUAUUGACAGCAUAAUCUCAUCAUUUGGAAAGAUUGUGAAAGCAUUUCAGUUGAGCAACAAACACAUUGCAGAUAAGUUUGAUGAAUUUUCAGAUUGUAUGGAUGAGUUUAUUUCUCCUCUCCAUGAGAAACUAUUGGAAACAGAGACCAUCUCAUUGACUAUUGUUCAGAAAAUGGAAAUUAUGAAAGAAGAAGCAAAUACCAUGGAAAGGUUGAAAGAAGAACAGGAAAAUAUUAUUGCCACUUUAGAAAACAAUGUCAGUGUGUUGCUAUCUGCAUGCACUGAUUCUACCGUUGCACUUCAGAGUGAAGUUGACAAGAAUCUUGGGCAGCCAGAUUCCAUUUUUGAGGUUGAAAAGUUAAACCUUGAAGCAGGUGCACAAGCAGAACAUCAUAGGAACAGUAAAUAUGUGGAGGCCACACAUAAGUUGAUUAAUGCUUCUAGAAAAGCUCAAACUUUGAUUAGACAGUUUGAAUGUAGAAGUAAGCAGUUAGAUGCAACAAUUGAAGAUUUACAGAAUAAAUUGAAAGAAACAACAGUUGCUUUUGAAUUAGUCGCAGAUGAGAGAGACUCAUAUAAAAACAUAGUUUCACGACUGGAAUCUGAUAUUCAAUCACUGCAAAGUGCUUGCAGUGAGCUUAAGGAUAAGUUGGAGAGUUUUCAUGCCCAAGAAGAAAAAUUGGAGGAAAAAGAGGCUGAGAUUUCAUCGAUGCACAAUGCUUUGUUGGCAAAAGAAGAAAACUCCCUCCUUACAUCAUCUCAAAUGAGAGAGCUCUUUGACAAGAUAGAUAUGACCAAAAUCCCUAUUGUAGAGGCUGAAGAAGAUGACUUGGAGCUACAGACUUCAGCCCCUAUGAAAAAACUCCUCUACAUAAUUGAUAGUGUUACUAGGUUGCAUAAUCAAUUAAACUCUCUGUCUCAUGAUAAAGAAAAUCUGCAGUCAAUUCUUGAAACGAAGGAUCUUGAAAUUAAGGAUAUGAAGGAGGAAGUUAAACAGCUCAAUAGAAACUGCGAAGAUGCAAAAAUCAUUAAGAAUGAAUUGUCUGAGCUCACCUAUGUAUUAGAAAAAAUUAUGAAUAUUUCGGGAGCCGAUGAAUGGGCUGUAGAUAGGAAAUCUAAAGGUUUGAAGGAAUUAAUUCCAGCACUGGAAAAACAUAUAAUUGCCAUUCUUUCAGAAUCUGAUAAUUCAAAAUCCAAGGCCCAAGAACUUGAUAUUAAGUUAGUUGGAAGUCAAAAGGUUAUUGAUGAAUUAACAACCAAGGUUAAAUUACUUGAAGAUUCACUCCAGGAUAGGAGGACUUCUCAGCCAGACAUUGUCCUGGACAGGAGCAUAUAUGAAGCAUCCUCAUUACCUACUGGGACCGAGAUAACUGAAGUUGAAGAGGGUCCAUCACGUGGCAAGAACGCAACAUCUCCUGUGCCAUCAGCUGCUCACGUGCGGAAUAUGCGAAAAGGAUCUACUGACCAUCUUGCACUUGAUAUUAGUUUGGAGUCUGAUAGUUUGAUUAACAAGGCGGACACGGAUGAGGAUAAAGGUCAUGUAUUCAAGUCUCUGAACACUACUGGAUUUGUACCAAAACAGGGAAAGCUCAUUGCAGAUCGUAUUGAUGGACUCUGGGUAUCUGGGGGUCGAGUUCUCAUGAGUCGUCCUAGAGCAAGAUUAGGACUUAUUGGUUAUUGGCUUAUCUUGCAUAUAUGGCUGCUGGGGACGAUCUUGUAG